GCCGAUGCAAUAUCAGAGAAUCUGCAUGUUGACUUUCCUGGGGAAAAGACAGAGUUUUUCCUACAUGCUUGGCUCGCAAAGCACAACCUAAACCUUCCAUCGAUUGCUUUACGGUACCCGGCUAUGGCCCAGGCUCAGACUACCCUACAGGAAGCAGACGCCUUAAUUCGGGGUAUCCUGGACAGGCGCUGGUUGAAUACCCAACUCUCAGCUAAGCUGUAUCUCACGAAGCCGCAAUUUGUGGGCACAAUACUAGAGCAUUCUAGAUCUGCGUUCCCACAACCCAUCCAGCCAUCGCUAGUCCUUGAUUCAACGUCUUUAUUACAGCUCUCCUCUCCCACGAGUUACAUCUGGUAUGUUCGUGAUCGUCUCACGAGAGGCAGGCUUUCCCUAGUCUUAUCAGCACGUCUACGGCCACUCCCCCUCCCCUUCCCACAACUAUGGGAAGACUUCAAGCUGCAAUUUUGGACCAAUUCCACCCAGGACCACCCCCACUGCACAAGCUCGGUAGCAAGAAUACCAAAAACUGGAGAGACUGAGGAUGCCGCCUCUAGAUUCAACCGUCCUGCCUCCCGAGACGUGCCCCCAAAUGUUCCCCGCGCAACGUCUCCGUCUCCACAACCAGGUCAACACUGCCACCUAUCACCGCAACCCCCCGUCAAUCCCCAGACAGCACGCCUCUACAGGCCCACUAUCUACGGCCGACGAGCUAGUCAAAUUGACGGAUGCUAUGCUCGAAAACCUCACGCCCAGAGCGAGGAACCAUCACCAAGUUCCUAACUUGGCGGAUGUCGCCAAGAUCAAUUGUGGCAACAUCGUAUCUCUGUCCUCCAUUACUUCAGCCAUCAAUACGCUUGCCCUAUAAGUAAGCCAUCACCUCACCGCCGUAGAACGUUCGAAUGAUAUGGAAAGCUGAGAAGAUGCAGUCUGAGCAGUUAGCGCUCCGUGUUGAUUGCAGGGUUUGUCGUGAUCCGAGGAUUCCUGAUAUGGAUGUGGGGAAGUCGGGAGGAGCGAGAUGCACUAGGAGCGGAAUAAAGCUUGAGCACCAACCCAGCGGUGUUGGUUGGAGCCAAAUGCAACCCAGUCUAU